UCUUGCUCUGCUCCAUGCAAACCUUGCUGCUCCCGCGCUCCGACUUCGACGUUCCCCGCGCUUAUCCUCUCCCGCCGCCCGCCGACCCGCCGCAGUGCUAUCCGUAGAUGGCAGAUGGUCACCGCCAUCUGUUGCACUCCUUCUCGAACCCGCUUUCGCCGAACGGCAUCUCUAGCGAGCAGAUCGCCAACGGGCUCUUUCUGAACUCGAUCCUUACCCAUCUCGCCGCCGUCCAGCCGCCGUCAUCGCCUUCUAACCCCCCCGCCCACGGCUCCGCGAGCCAGAACACGACGCGCGGUAUGUACGCCCAGAACCACCAGCAGGGGCACACCUCCCGCAUCAAUGGCGCGCCGGGCCGGCAGCAGACCAUGCCCAUGCUGUACAACUUCCAGCAGCAGCCGGCCCACCCCCACCAGGCCCACGCUCAGCACCACCAGAGCAUACAGCCCGACCACGGCGGCCAUGGCACUGGCACGGCCCUCAUGGGCCAUUCGGCCUUCUCGAGCGGCGUCCUGUCCAAUGCGAGUCCCUACUCCGCGGGCGCGAUGCAGAACGGCCAUGGGUCCACCUCCCGGACCGGCCAGCCGCAACAGAUUACGGAACACUGGGCAGAACAGUUGCGGUUGCACAAGGAGGCGGAACGAGCGCAUGCCACUAUGACUGAGCAGAGCCAGCCUCACUUUUAUGCAAGGCUUAAGGCGGCCGAGAACAGGGGUAUUAGCGGCGGCGCUCUCGCCGGGGCCGAUGCCGGGCCUGCCGUCGACGGCGAGGACGAUAGGAGACGGCCCUGGAGCCUGGACAAGACCAACAAGCGGCAGGAUUGGUACAACCUCGACAUGAGCGGCCAGGGACUGCGUGUCUUGGGACCCCCGCUGUUCGCUUACGACUUCUUGCAGGAGCUCUACAUCGCCUCCAACCGCCUGACUUACCUCCCCGCCGAGAUUGGGCGUUUGCGUCACCUGCGCCAUCUCGAUGCCUCCCACAACCUGCUCACGGAGCUCCCUCCCGAGAUCGGCAUGUGCACCAACCUCAAGUCGCUGUAUCUCUUCAACAACCAGAUCCGCGACCUGCCCUCCGAGGUUGGAUCGCUGUACCUCUUGGAAAUGCUCGGCAUCGAAGGCAACCCUCUCGACCCGUCGCUGAAGCAAGAGAUCAUGGGCGGCGACACAAAGAGCUUGGUGAACCGGCUCCUUCUGAAAGCUCCAGUGCCCAUCCCUCCUGCAGAAAGAAAGGCGAUCGUGGUGCAAGAAGAUGUGUCGCCUAACCUCGAGCGCAUCAAGAUCCUCUCAUGGAAUAUCCUUUGCGACAAGUUCGCCACGAGUGCCCUCUACGGCUACACGCCCCCAGCCGCGCUCUCGUGGGAUUACCGGAAACAGAGGAUCAUGCAAGAGCUCCGCGACAAGGACGCCGACAUGCUGUGUCUCCAGGAGAUCGCGACCGACGUGUUCCGCGACUUUUUCAGCCCGGAACUGGCCCAGGAUGGCUACAAGGGGGUGCACUGGCCGAGGCCCAAAGCCAAGACCAUGUCGGAGAAGGAUGCGCAGUCGGUCGACGGCUGUGCCAUCUUCUACAAGGCCAGCAAGUGGAUCCUGCUCGACAAGCAGCUCCUUGACUACGCCAACAUUGCCAUCAACCGGCCGGACAUGAAGAACCAUCACGACAUCUUCAACCGGGUGAUGCCCAAGGACAACAUCGGCCUCAUCUGCUUCUUCGAGAGCCGGCAGACGGGCGCGCGGGUCAUCGUCGCCAACACGCACCUGGCUUGGGAGCCGACGCUGGCCGAUGUCAAGCUCGUGCAGACGGCGAUCCUCAUGGAGAACAUCACCAAGCUGGCGGAGAAGUACGCUCGGUGGCCGCCGCUCAAGGAUAAGAAGAUGAUCCAGCUGCCGGCCGAAGAAGGCGAGGAGCGCGCAGACUUGCCCGAGCCGGGGCCGUCGCAGGAGUACAGGAACAACACCGACAUCCCGCUACUCAUCUGCGGCGACUACAACUCGACGCACGACAGCAGCGUCUACGAGCUUCUGUCCAUGGGGCGUGUCGCGCCCAACCACAGCGACUUCGGCGACCACCAGUACGGCAGCUUCACGCGCGACGGCGUCGAGCACCCCUUCAGCAUGCGCUCGGCCUAUGUGCACCUCAAGGACACCCCCGACGAGCUGACCUUCACCAACUAUGUGCCCGGCUUCGCAGAGGUCAUCGACUACAUUUGGUACUCGACCAACACGCUCGAGGUGGUCAGUCUGCUCGGCCCGCCCGACCGCGACCACCUCAAGCGCGUGCCGGGCUUCCCCAACUACCACUUCCCGGCCGACCACAUCCAGAUCAUGGCCGAGCUUGUCUUCAAGCCGAGGAAGGACAAGAAGGCAGCGGUGCCCGAGCCGGACUUUGGUGGCUCGGGGAGCGGGGACCGGAGGGGCUGAGGUGACGGGUUAGAGCUUCCUUGCGCGUCGAUUCACCGUCCGGGCAUUCCGAAGUCCUCCCCUUAGACAUCCCGGGUCGGUUUGGGUCUUCUGCGUUUGGGUGGUGGGCUCGAUUGGACGGGCCGGAAAGGAGGUGCUUCUUCGGGCUUCAA